GUAUAAUCACGAAAAGUUCGACCAAACUCGCAACUCCAUCUCCAGUACGUGCUAAUUCUAUACCAUCCAUACCGAAUCCCUAUCGAAUCCCUCUUUCUAACCUCCGCUUAGAAAUGUCCACAAAAACCAAGAAGCCUGCCGGCAAGACCCAGCGAUCUGCCAUCGCAGAUGUUGUGGCCCGCGAAUACACAAUCCACCUCCACAAGAGAGUACGUUAGAUCGAGUGAAGGAAUUUCAAUUUGAGGAGAAGUGCUGAUUGAAGUUUCCAGCUCCACGGUGUCACAUUCAAGAAGCGCGCCCCAAGAGCCAUCAAGGAGAUCAAGAAAUUCGCAACUUUGUCAAUGGUACGCAAGCACGAUGGGAGGAUCAUCCACACCGCAACGGUCGCGCCUGGAUUGCCAAACUAACUUUGGCACUUAGGGCACAACCGAUGUUCGUCUCGAUCCCCAAUUGAACAAGAAGGUGUGGGAGGCUGGUAUCAAGGGAUGCCCAUACAGACUGCGCGUCCGCAUCUCAAGAAAGCGAAACGAUGAAGAGGGUGCUAAGGAGCGCUUGUACAGCUACGUCCAGGCAGUUAACGUUAAGAACGCAAAGGGUCUGCAAACUGCUGUUGUUGAGGAAUAGAUACCUGGUACGAAAUGGCAUGGGACGGUUUGGAGUUGAAUGCAUUCUGCUGGCUAGCUUCUGAAUGAAAAGGGCAAUGUCACCUCAUGAACAAAAUUUCCGUUUAUCAACAUUAGCUUUGCGAGGAUUCGUUUU